CACUUUUUUUUUUUUUCCUUUUUUACAAGACAACUUGCGACUCGCCCACAGACAUAAAAUUCAACAAAUAAAAACACACAGAGAAGUGAAAAAGAUUGCACCUUUUGUUAAUUCUUGUGGUUUAAUGCUUGUUCUGAAGCAAACCCAUUUUUCAUAAUUGUAUCUUGAUAACGUUUUCAUUUCUUUCUGCUUCAAUUCAUCUCUUUGCAACAGCAACACUGACGAGUGAGCAUUAGUUUUUUUCAAAACCCGUGACAUUCGAUUGGCGAUAACUGCUAGGAAGCUUGGAGGUACUUCUAAUCUUUAGAAGGAAAUAAUUAUUAGUAUUCAUUGUAGUAUUAUUGUGGAAUACAAUGGAGGUCUGUGCUGAAAGUACCCAUUGCAAUGGGAAACAGACUUUGAAGCAUUCUAAACCUGCAGAUGAAGUAAAAAGAUCAAGUGAAAACACUUGCAGAUGUUCUCGUCCAAACGGGAAGCAAAAUUUGAAGCAAACUUCCACUUUUGUCAAUCAUGCUGCAAAUGCUUGGCAUGAGAAUAGAAAAAAGUGGGUUGGCGAUAAGGCUAUGCAUUCACCAAGAACACCUAAGGAUCCAAUUAUUAGCUGGUCAACAUCAUACGAAGACCUACUUUCUACUCACGAACCUUUUGCUGAACGAAUACCCUUGCCUGAGAUGGUAGAUUUCUUAGUUGAUAUUUGGCUUGACGAAGAAGGCACCUUUGAAUAAAUCGUUGACGCUUCUUGUACAACAGUAACUGAAACAAGAAGUGUGUAAUACCCUUUAACCAGCAAUAACCUCAAUUAACCACCUAGCAUAGCUUGAUUUGAUGUAAUAGUAUUCUUCAGGGUUGAUAUUUUUUAUUGUAUUCCUGAUUUUCUUUAUGUGCCUCUCUUAGGAGACUCUGCUCGAGUCUGGUUCCCUAGAGGCUUUUAGUUUUUUUCUUUUGGCCUUUGUUCCUCUUUAUUUAUUCACAAAAAAAAAAAAAAAAUUAUUUUUCCAC